AUGCGCGUGCGCGGCAGAGGUGCACCGCGGCCCCGUGGUGCUCGGCGCUGUCCGAGGUGCUGCCGCGGCUUCGAACGCGAGGAGGGGCGGGGUCGCGGGCCCUUCUACUUCCCCCCCCCCCCCCACCCCCAACACCUCGGGCCUGGGGCGUCCUUUGGUUCGGCCCUCGCCUACAGGGGCAGGCCCCGGCGGCGCGGCUGGAGGCGCAGGGGCUCCAGUACGCGUGCGCGAGCGGCGUCCGCCCCUCCCCCGCCCUGCACUGCUCGGUGGGCCUGGGCGCCUCGGGCUCAGCGGGGGAGCCGCGCCGCGGGAGCGUCAGGAGGCACAUCACAUCCAGGGUGGACUAUAAGGAGGCCCGUCAGGAGGUUGCAGCUUCGUGGUCCGCGGCCGGUCCCGCGGGAGAUGGCCCCGGGGGCGCCCACAUUGCUGCUGCUGUGGCUGCUGUGGUUCCCUGGCUUCCCGCCCCGCGCUGCCGGCUGCCCAGCCGCCUGCCGCUGCUACAGCGCCACGGUGGAGUGCGGCGCCCUGCGGCUUCGCGUCGUCCCGUCCGGAAUCCCACCCGGGACGCAGACGCUGUUCCUGCAGGACAACAGCAUCGCGCGCCUGGAACCGGGCGUACUGGCGCCUCUCGCCGCCCUGCGCCGUCUCUACCUGCACAAUAACAGCCUGCGCGCCCUGGAGCCAGGCGUCUUCCGCGCGCAGUCACGCCUGCUAGAGCUAGCGCUCACCGGCAACCGGCUACGCGGCUUGCGAGUUGGCGCUUUCGCGGGCCUGGCCCAGCUGCGUGCACUCUACCUGGCUGGUAACCAGCUAGUGCAGCUGCUGGAUUUCACCUUCCUGCACCUACCGCGACUGCAGGAGCUGCACCUGCAGGAAAACAGCAUUGAGCUGCUGGAGGACCAGGCCCUGGCUGGGCUUUCCUCACUAGCACUGCUGGACCUCAGCAGGAACCAACUGGGCACCAUCAGUCGUGAGGCCCUACAGCCCCUGGCCAGCCUGCAGGUCCUGCGCCUCACAGAGAACCCAUGGCGCUGUGACUGUGCCUUGCACUGGCUGGGAGCAUGGAUCAAGGAAGGGGGCCAGCGGCUGCUCAGCUCCAGGGACAAGAACAUCAUGUGUGCAGAGCCCCCGCGCCUGGCACUUCAAAGUCUCCUGGACAUAUCUGGCAGUAGCCUCAUCUGCAUCCCGCCCUCUGUACACGUGGAGCCGCUGGAGGUGACGGCCAACCUGGGUGAGGACCUGCGCGUUGCCUGCCAGGCUUCCGGCUACCCGCAGCCCCUGGUGACCUGGAGAAAGGUGGCCCAGCCUCGUGAAGGGCAGCCACGGGCCCAGAUCCAGCCAGAAGGCGGGGCACCGCGCCCAGGCGGGCCCGGCGCCUCUGACACGGGCAGCGGCAUGCUCUUCCUCACCAACAUCACCCUGGCCCACGCUGGAAAGUACGAGUGCGAGGCCUCCAACGCCGGCGGCGCCGCCCGCGUGCCCUUCCAGCUCCUGGUCAACCUGUCCCAGCAGCAGCAGCUGCAGCUGGCGCCCCCGCCGCCUCCGGCCGCCGGCCCCGUCAGCCACGAGCCCCUGCAAGAGGCCGGCAGCAUGGCCUUCCGCGCCCUGGGCCUGGCCACCCAGACGGCCAUCGCGGGCGCCAUCGCGCUCCUCACGCUCACGGCGCUGCUGCUGGCGACCAUGAUCUGCCGCCGGCGGCGCAAGAGAAAAAAGGCGCCGGGACUGCCGGGGGAGGGCGCGCUGUUCGUCAACGACUAUUCGGACGGGCCCUGCACCUUCGCGCAGCUCGAGGAGCUCCGCGACGAGCGAGGCCACGAGAUGUUCGUCAUCGACCGUUCCAAGCCACUCUUCGCCGAGGGCCCGACGGAGGCUGCCGAUGGCGCAGCAACCGGGCCGGCGCAGGGCCUCCCGCUGCAGCCGCCGGCAGCCUACGAGAUCCACUGCUGA